AUGCUAGCAUUAGACUUUGCGUCAGGGCUCGUGGAUCUUUCCUUCAACCAGUUAUGCGAGCGGCGAGAUUUCAUGAAUGAAGACAUCAAACAAGAAAAAUCUAUUAAUCAGCUCUGGACUUCUCAAGCAUUAGAGCACCGCAUGACGCUCUACCAUUUGUUCUGCCAGUUUAUGCUCAUAGCUCGACUCUGCCUUGCUACGGUAUCAAGAUUGCGCUGGGAGCGCCAUGAUGUAGCACGAGUACCGAGCUGCGGUGUCGAACAUUCAGGUGCUAUACAGGUUUGUUCUGUACUCUCGCGGUCAAAUCUGAUCUGCUCCAAUAUUAUGACGCGGCCAGGAUUCCUGUGCCCGUCGGUCCUAUUAUCAGGCCUGAAAGAUAAGGCUAGUUGUCCUCAUGAUGGGUUCAAUUUAUCGACAACUGUGCUCCACAAAUGGUACCGCCGCAAAGACCCUACUAGACCAUUCGAUGCAGACACCGUAUUCGAGAAAGAUGUCGUGCUUCCCAUGCGAGAUGGGGUAAAACUGUACUGCGAUGUCUUCCGGCCUAUCGGUGACGAGAAGGUCCCGGCCAUAAUCAUCUGGAGUCCGUAUUGCAAAUUAGGCACUGGUCAGUAUGCAACCGGUCUUCACGGGCUGUACAUGAUCCCCGGUCGACUCGGGUCCCUCGGGAACAGGUCAGCUGUUAUGAAAAUAAACAUAAAAAGGUUGGAUCCUGCAGUACGGCCAGCGAGGGGACAUGCCAUUGUCGACGUCGAGUUGCGUGUGUCUUGGGGCUCCGAAGUUUUUAGAGGAGUGAUUGUAGCAGUUGGAUCGAAUUCGCUGCGAUAUUGGACUGGUGAUCCGAUAAUGUGGCAUUAG